CACUUCUGGGGGCCGGUAGCCAACUGGGGACUUCCUAUUGCUGCUAUUAAUGACAUGAAGAAAUCUCCAGAAAUCAUCAGUGGCCGAAUGACAUUUGCACUGUGUUGUUAUUCCUUGACUUUCAUGAGAUUUGCCUACAAAGUACAGCCAAGAAACUGGCUUCUCUUUGCAUGCCACUUUACUAAUGAAAUUGCACAACUUAUUCAAGGAGGACGACUGAUCAAAUACAGGAUGGAGAAAAAGAACUAAAAAUCUCUUAACUUGAAAUAAAGCCAGGGAGUCUGCUCAACCUGAGUUACAACCAAGGAAGAUUUGCCAUCUACAGUUGCUGUGUUGAUUGCAAUGGGGAUAAAAUUGAAACACCUUUAUGAAUAUGAUGCCCUGCCCCCAAAUAAUCCUUGAUUAAUUCUUAGCUUGCCUUCUUUGUUAUCCAGCAAUGUAAACCAUUGUAUUUAAUGUCUUGCUGCCUUACAGGUCCUUAAUAACUACCCUUCUAAAAAGGAGUUACUCAUCCAAGUAAACAAUACUUGGAAAGAAACUUUUAACUAACGGUCUGCAAAAGUCAGUGGCCCAUGAUGGUUCGAAAAAACUUGUUUUCAAAUAAAAAUGAACACAGAGGUCAUUAAAAGAGAACUGUAGGUGGUAUCAUUGUUCUCCAUAUUAACAUUCUUAAAAGCCAUUUAACUUGGGUGCAUUCAUUCCUAUUCUGUCUUUUUUUUUUUUUUUAAACUUUAGCAAGCUGCUGCUGAUCUACAAGCACAAAUAUGUAGAUAGGCAACCUGGAAGUAACCAGCUUUUCCUCUUCCCUUACUACAUGCCUUGUCUCAGUAAAGAGACUUAAUUUACAUGCAUUGAAGUCGCACAUUAUAUAAAAUUGGAAAAGUAAAAACUUAGCACUGAAGGAAGGCAGCAAAGUCUGUCACUCUUCUUCAAGAAGUUCUAAAAGGAUUUUAGUGUCCUCCCUCCCCUUUGAGUCUUUCUAGAUAUCUGUAUUUCUUAUUUGGGCAAAAAAUUAAUUUGUUGGGAGCCUGCGAUCUGAAAGACAAAGGAUGCCUUUCAGUAAUGUUUUGACUUCAUUGUGAGAGUGUUUUUUCUUGCCUGACCUGCCUGAAAGGGACAUUGAUGUGAAGAUACAGAUGACAAAGAAUGUACAUGACGGAUUUUAUUGCAGUGCAGUGUUUCUGAACAAUAAAACAUGUUUUGAAUGACAAGAAAUCUUUCCAACAUUCUGAAGAGUUUUGUUUAUCAUACUAUGAUAUUACAGCCUAAAGUAAACACAGAGUAUGAAAUGUCCUCUUAUUUUAAUGGCAUGAAGUGAAAACUAUCAGGAUAAUGGUCUUACCUUUUGCCUGAAGAGUUCAGGCAAGUGUCCAGUGAAUGCUGAUUCCUAGAACUCAACUUCUUUCCUAACCAGGAGACUGGAGAGGAGAGACUACUUGACUGAGUAUUUCUGCUGUGACAAGCAAGCUUGAAUUCAGUGUUCUUAAUAUGCAUCUGUGUAAAUACUGCAUCAUUAUCUCCAAGCUAUUGAAUGUUGACAUACCGGGGACUACUACUGUGAGACUUGUCACUUAUAGUCAAGUAAAAGCCUUCCUUAUUAA